CCGGAGGUUGUUUGAUUAUACUGAAAUCUUAUCGUUGAAGCUUCCCCGAGCUCGCGCCUUCGCCUGCUCCUGCUCAAAGACUUGGGCACCUUUUUACCACGGCUCGGUAGCCUCAACCACCGAAGAUCUCUAUUUAGCCCCUGAUAUAUUAACGUUCCAAUCUUUUCCACUCGAACUCUUUCCCGUAGCAACAACAUGAAUUGAGAGUAAAGAUUGGCUCGCCCCUACGAAGCUGUCCUUCCAAGGUUCUUAGGGUUACAGCUUAGGGAAGUGAUACCACACCUACUUAGUACAUCGCCAUGGAUCGUCACACAACACCGCCGUUUAUGCUACGGCUCUUUUACCGAACGGGCGCAUUUCAUAGACCGGACGAGUUCACCAACGGACCGUUCCCGCCACAUAUAACCAUACACGCCUGGCCCGACGUCUCCCUGACGGAGCUCGUUUAUAAUAUUGCUGCCGCGAAACCGCACCUCCUCCCCGACCCGGCCGUAGGCACUCGCGUGGCCUUCCGUCUCAUCUUCCCAGACACCCGCAAUAACGCUGCUGGUCACACGACCGCAAAGUACGCUAUCAAAGACCUAGGCAGCGUAGUAAUAGGCGAUGGGGGUAGAGGCCUAGACCCCGAAGACGUCGAGGCCGAGAAGGAGCCCGAGGACGAUGGCGAGAAGACCCUAACGGACGCCAGGUUUGUCGUCGGUGACUUCAUAUCCUGCGCCGUCCUUCCCCCACUACCCAAUGGGGCUGUCGCUCCAGUAUCUAGCGCAAGGAACGGCCUUACCGAGACGAGAUCUGUUAUGGGACGCCCGCCUAGCAGUUCGUUCGGAAGUGAGAAUGGACAAGGUCGGCCUGCAAGACCGAGAAAUAGCGGUAGAGGGUAUGACGGGUUCAACCGUGGUAGCAUACCGAGUGGCGAGUGGAGGAGAGGAGAGCGAUUACCUGACCCGCCGCCAGUUGGGCGUGGUAGGGGGGGAAGACGAUAUUGACGGAUGAUGGUGGUAUAUACGAUGACGUGUCCUGCAGACUACAUGAGGAUCGAUGUGAGACCAAUUGUACUUGGUGGUAAAAGAACGAAGUAUGGGAUAAAUCUUUUCAUGUGGGCAAAUAACAAAAUUUUCGAUACUCAGGCGAUAUUCUGGGUAUUCAACUAAGAAAAAACAUAGCAUUAUAUACCCCUACAGCUGUCUGUAUCGUCUCUACCUAGGGUUUCCUACUUGUAAUAUGCAUUAUUCGGACUUUGCAUUGGGAUUUUGGCGGUUAGGUAGCGUGGAUCGAGGUUACAAAAGUUUGUUACAAUUAUUUUAGUUGAGGCUUUAUUAGUAUCAUCUUAACGAAAUACCUACUGUGUAGUGA